AUGACAGAUCUGAAGCAAAGCUAUUCUGUGAGGCUGAAUGAUGGACACUUCAUGCCAGUGCUGGGAUUUGGCACUUAUGCUCCUGAUCAUACUCCCAAAAGCCAGGCUGCUGAAGCCACCAAAGUGGCUAUUGACGUAGGCUUCCGCCAUAUUGAUUCAGCGUACUUAUACCAAAAUGAGGAGGAGGUUGGACAGGCCAUUUGGGAGAAGAUUGCUGAUGGUACUGUCAAGAGAGAGGAUAUAUUCUACACUACCAAGCUUUGGGCUACUUUCCUUCGGCCAGAAUUGGUUCGCCCAGCCCUAGAAAGUUCACUGAAGAAACUUGGACUGGAUUAUGUAGAUCUCUUCAUUAUUCAUGUACCAUUUGCUAUGAAGGCUGGGGAAGAAUUACUGCCAAAGAAUGCCAGUGGGGAGAUUAUUUUAGAAACUGUGGACCUUUGUGACACUUGGGAGGCCCUGGAGAAGUGCAAAGACGCAGGUUUAACCAAGUCUAUCGGGGUGUCCAAUUUCAAUCAUAAGCUGCUGGAACUCAUCCUCAACAAGCCAGGGCUCAAGUACAAGCCCACCUGCAACCAGGUGGAAUGUCACCCUUACCUCAACCAGAGCAAACUCCUGGAGUUCUGCAAGUCCAAGGACAUUGUUCUAGUCGCCUACAGUGCCCUGGGAUCCCAAAGAGACCCACAGUGGGUGGAUCCCGACUCCCCACAUCUCUUGGAGGAGCCAGUCUUAAAAUCCAUUGCUAAGAAACACAGUCGCAGCCCAGGCCAGGUCGCCCUGCGCUAUCAGCUGCAGCGGGGAGUUGUGGUCCUGGCCAAGAGCUUCUCUCAGAAGAGAAUCAAAGAGAACUUCCAGAUUUUUGACUUUGAGUUGACUCCAGAAGACAUGAAAGCCAUUGAUGGCCUCAACAGAAAUCUCCGAUAUGAUAAGUUACAAUUGCUUUGGUAUCAGGAUGAUGCUGGCCUCUGUCUUCUGCGUCAAUCAUGCUGGGAGCUGCAGACGGGAGCUGUUCCUAUUCAGCCAUUUUGGAAUGGACUCCCAGUGAGGGAAUAAUUUCUAGCAGCCAAAAGAUUACAUCCUGCUGUGAAGGAUUACAACGUCAUCAGGACUGCAUUUUCAUCAGGAAUGAAUAUUCCUUCUACAAUGCAAAGAAAAAAAUAUAUAUUAGCUGAUGGAAAGGUAAAAGGAGAAAGUUUCUUUUGGUUUUAAUGUUUAAUUUUUUUAUUGUCACCUGUUAAAAAAUGCUUACUAGUCACUCCUUUAAAUAGUGUCAUAUGGCAGAAAGAUGUAAAAUGGUUGAUCAUUUAUAUGACAUAAAAUAAAGAUGAAACAUCGUCAUGGCAUG